AGAGGUCCCAAGUGGUUGUAGAAAGAGGUUUUCGUAAUUGUCAAUAUAAAUGCAUUGAUGGGCGUUGCUGGCCUCUCCCACGCCUCCUCUCUCUUUCUCUCUCUCUCUCUUCGUCCUCCCCUUCUCCGUCUAAUUUGUUGUUGGUGGCGCACCAUUAUAUAAUCUGGUUCAUCAUCUGCUUUGGUAUUAUACUUAAAAUUUGUUUUAUUAAUGAAUUUACGUUUCUCGCUUAACCGGGUUGCUCGUACUUUUCUGUUGAUGCAUUUUACGUGGAGAACAGAACUUCUAAGCUAUUAAGAUAUUCAACCAAUCUGUAAGAUUACUUUCCACUUCAUAUAUACGCAGUUCCGUUUCGUACAAUUUCUUUUGGCAGAAAAGAAACCCGGAUAUAUACUCGUUGUUUAUUUUAUCCUCUUGAAUUAUAAACUUUAAACUUAUCAACGAGACAUAUUUCACCUUUUAUUUCUCUCAACAGGUAUUUUAAAUACAAUAUGGAUUGUUUAAUGGUAUUUGGAAUCAUCUGUGAAAAGAAAACAAAAGUUUCUCUUCUCUAUGUCACACACACGAUUUCCAUUAAUGGAUUUACGUCACACGUCAACAUCGAGGCUGAAUAUAUAAAUGAAAGCCAACACAAGACAGAAGCUAAGUUUGUUUUCCCUGUGGAAGAAGACAGUGCCGUAUAUAAAUUUGAAGCUAAAAUUGGUGAUGUCCAUUUAGUUGCUAAAUCUAAAGACAAAGAUGUUGCCAAAAAGGAAUACAAAGAAGCUGUAGAUAAAGGUCAGUCUGCCAUUUUGUUGCGAGAGACAAGUACAUCUGGCGAUAUUUUUGAGUAUAGUUUAGGUAAUAUUCCAGCAAAUGAAAAGAUCCAUUUACAAAUAUGCCUUGUUUCUGAACUUUCUUGUGAAGUUGAUGGGGCAGUGAAAUUUCAUAUGCCAUUUGUGCUUAAUCCCAGAUAUGGUCUUAAACCUGCAGAUGAAAAUUAUCAAAAUGCACCUAAACCAAAAGAGUUUAGUUUCAAUGCCUCUGUCAACUGGAAUUCACAAAUCAAAGACAUCAAAUCAGAACAUCCAGUUAAGGUGGAAUAUCAGGAUAACAAGUGUCAUGCUACUGUGAGAAUGGCAAAGGAAUUCAGUUUUGAGAAAGACCUUCUUCUGCAAGUGUACUAUGAAGAUGUAGAAAAACCACAAGUAAUUUUAGAGAAAAGAGAUGAGAAUUCUAAAGGAAUGUUUUCUAAAGAUAUUAUGAUGAUAAAUGUAUUUCCAAAACUCCCACAAGUAAAACAAUCUGCCGCUAAUGACUACAUUUUUGUUAUUGAUCGCUCAAGAAGCAUGAAUGGAGAGAGAAUUAAAGCAGCAAAAGAUACUUUGCUACUUUUCUUAAAAAGUUUACCUUUGGGUUGCUCAUUUAAUGUUAUCAGCUUCAAUAAUUAUUUUGAUUUUCUGUUCAGAGAAGGAAGCCGAGAAUAUAGUGAAGAUUCUCUGAAUGAAGCUUUGAAAUUCCAGAAAAAUCUAUAUGCUUCAGGUGGGACAGAAAUUCUUGAUGCACUGAAAUCACUCUCUGACAAAAAACCAUUUCAAAAUUUCCAUCGACAAGUAUUCUUAAUAACUGAUGGUGAAGUCUACAACACAAACGAUGUCAUUCAAUUGGUCAAGUCACAAGUAAACAACACACGAUACUUCACAAUUGGUAUUGGUUCUGGAGCUUCUACAGAAUUGGUCAAAGGUAUUGCCCGUGCAGGGAAGGGACAAGCAGAGUUUGUGAUGACAAACGACAACCUUAAGGCAAAAGUUAUGCGUUUAUUAAAAUUGUCAAUGCAACCAUUUGUAUCUUCGGUUUGUCUCUCUGCCAAACAUGGUGAAAACAAUAAAGAAUUAUCCUUUAUUUCAGUUCCAGAAAGGCUGCCAUGUAUUUUCAGUGAAGAAAAAUUAAUCCUUUAUCUAGUUUUACAUGAAGCUGAGACUAGUUGCAAAAAUGUGAAAAUGAAUCUUUGUGGUAAAAUUGGUGAAUCAGACUUUUCACUUGAUUUUGAAGCAAGUCUGUUGGGACAGAAUAAUAAGGAAAUGACAAUACACCGUCUUUGUGUGAAAAGGAAAAUACAGGAAUUGGAAUUAAAUGAAGAUUUGGGUAAAGGUGAUGAAAUAAAAUCAGAGAUUAUCGAUUUGGGUACAGUGGCUAAUUUAGUUUCAAAGUACACAAGUUUUGUUGGUUUGAAGCAAUGUAUUCCAGAAUGUAUGCCAAAGUCCUGCAUGGUUUCUUCUUCACCACCACCACCACCACCUCAACCUCUACAAGCUUCUAGUUGCCCAGCCAAUCAGUCCGAUCUUGAUUUAGAAGAAGACUUUGAAUAUAUAAAUGUUGAUUGUGUGGAUUCUGGUGCUGAUUUUGGGCAUUCUGACUUUGAGUUUGUCGAUUUAAAUUGCUUGUCUCAGACAUUUAGAAGACCAUCCAGUAUGAGUGAUGAGAAAUCGUUUCUCACUUCUGGGACAAAAAAUAAAGAGAUUUUACCAUGUAUGAUGGGGGAAGCAAAUCAGAAUUGUUAUUUGGAAAAUGUAGUUGACAAUUCUGGGAUUUUUUAUAAACAUGAUUCUGGUACUGAUUCUGUGGGUUCCAAUUGCUUGUCUCGGACAUUUAGAAGAUCAUUAAAUGUGAGUGAUGUAGAAUCCUUUAUGUCUUCUGAGACAACAAUUAAGAACAUUUUAACAUGUUUGGUUGACUUACAAGCUUUCUCUGGUUUCUGGAAUCUAGACGAUCAAUUGGCUCAAGCUCUCAAUAUUUCUCUUAAGGACCUGAACAAAGAGAAUCCAUCUGUUAGUGAUAAAAUAUGGGCUACAGCUCUUGUUGUUGCUGUACUAAGAGAAAAAUUAGCUUCCCAGCAUUGUGAAUGGGAAUUAAUGGAAAAGAAAGCAAUUGUUUGGCUGGAAUCUCAGAAUAUACAACCACUGAAUUCAGAGAAGUUACUAGAAAAAGCUACAAACUUCAUAAAAAACAAAAUGGUUGCCUAACGAUUUCUGUUUAUUUCAUAUUUUAAAACUUUCACUACUGUAUAACCGAGAAAAAUACUAUAAUAUUUUGAAUUAUAUAUGUAUAUUUCACUCAACUAAUUCCU